AUGGCCUCCAAGGAAAACAACGCCACCACCGUCCUCGAGACAAUCCCCGAGGAGCCUGCCCCCAAGCGCACCACCCGAAAGAAACUCCCAGACUCGAGACCCUCGAAGCCCUCUGCCGAGGACCCCUCCCCCGAGAAGAAGAAGCCGGCCGCCCGCAAGGCCGCCCCCAAGAAGACCACCGCCGCCACCGGCCGCAAGCCCAAGCCGGCCUGCAAGAAGCCCAUCAUGGGACCCGGCCGCCCCAAGGGAAGCAAGAACAAGGCGGUCAAGAAGAACAAGCCCCCCGCGAAGCGCAACAAGAACGCCAAGCGCACCACCGCCCACGACCUCCUCACCGCCAUCCAGGACGACGAGAUCCCCACCAACGCGCAGGUCAAGGCCGACUAUGGCUUCUCGCGCUGCUACAUCACCCUCGACCAGAGCAAGCUCUACAACGUCUACCGUACCGUCCUCGAGGACUUUGAGGUCAAGCCCGAGGAGCUCCACGAGUGGCUCCACCACGAGGAUGGUCUGAAGAAUGUGGCUGCGGAGAUCAAGGCCAAGUUUGAGGCGUUGCUUGGUCCGGAGGAUUACCAGGGCGAUUAUAAGUGGUUCCUUGAGAACCAGUAUAUCUGGGACCCGGAGGAUCUCGUAAGCGAGGCGAAGGCUGCGCGCGCUGCGAAGGAGUUGAAGGAGUACUAUGAUGCUCGCAAGCGACCUGGUGACAACUUUGAUUGGUACUCCUGA